CUCUCCCUCUCCGCCGCCGCCGCGUCCCUCUCCCUCUCGCCUUUGAAAACUGAUCUUUGGCUCUUAGUGUGAAAGUGAUUUGAAUUUGGCUCGGCGGCGCUUUGCGCCUGCGCCCAGCCUCUGGCAUGCUGGCUCCUCGCAAGCAGCUGUUUUGGGUUUGAAAUUCCAACAUGGCAGAGGCUGCAGUCCGUCUUCCCUUCAAAAACUUGGAAUGAUUUCAAAUCAUAGGCACCUUCACUUAACCCUCGCUCCCAUUCAUCAGCAAACACAGCGGAUCGAUGCGACGCUAACCUAUCGGGCUUUUCGCUCCGCGCGUUCAGGUUAAAUGAAUACCUGACGAAAGGGCCCACGUUUCAAGGCAGUGACAUUUGAUAGCUGAGAGGAAAAGUGGCUUUAAUGAAAAGCAACCUUUGGAAUUCCUGCUUGUGAGAAAUCCAAUUCAGCUUUUUGUGCUGCCAGCAAGAAAUGAUCAGUAGCACCAGUGUUUAUGGCUUGAAGAUGCAGUGGACGCCGGAGCAUGCCCAGUGGCCAGAACAGCACUUUGACAUCACCUCGACCACUCGGUCUCCUGCCCACAAAGUCGAAGCCUACAGAGGUCAUUUGCAGCGCACCUAUCAGUAUGCCUGGGCGAAUGAUGACAUCUCUGCUCUGACUGCAUCCAACCUACUAAAAAAAUAUGCAGAGAAGUAUUCUGGCAUUUUGGAGGGCCCCGUGGACCGACCUGUACUCAGCAACUACUCAGACACACCAUCAGGACUAGUGAAUGGUCGGAAGAAUGAAAACGAGCCCUGGCAGCCGUCCUUGAAUUCAGAAGCCGUUUAUCCCAUGAACUGUGUCCCGGAUGUUAUCACUGCCAGCAAAGCUGGAGUCAGUUCAGCCCUCCCUCCAGCAGAUGUCUCUGCAAGUAUAGGGAGCUCUCCUGGGGUGGCCAGCAACCUGACAGAACCCAGUUACUCUAGCAGUACCUGUGGAAGCCACACUGUACCUAGUCUUCAUGCAGGGCUCCCAUCUCAGGAAUAUGCCCCAGGAUACAACGGAUCUUAUUUGCAUUCUACGUACAGUGGCCAACCAGCACCCGCACUUCCUUCGCCUCAUCCAUCUCCUUUGCAUAGUUCUGGGCUCCUGCAGCCACCACCACCGCCUCCUCCGCCACCAGCCCUGGUCCCAGGCUACAAUGGGACUUCCAACCUCUCCAGUUAUAGCUAUCCCUCUGCUAGCUAUCCCCCUCAGACUGCGGUGGGGUCUGGUUAUAGCCCUGGGGGGGCACCCCCUCCUCCUUCAGCAUACCUGCCUUCAGGAAUUCCUGCUCCCACCCCUCUGCCCCCUACCACUGUUCCUGGCUACACCUACCAGGGUCACGGUUUGACACCUAUCGCACCCUCGGCCCUGACAAACAGUUCGGCGAGUUCUCUCAAAAGAAAAGCUUUCUAUAUGGCAGGGCAGGGCGAUAUGGACUCCAGUUAUGGAAAUUACAGCUAUGGCCAACAGAGAUCGACACAGAGUCCUAUGUACAGAAUGCCCGACAACAGCAUUUCAAACUCAAAUCGGGGGAAUGGCUUUGACAGAAGUGCUGAAGCAUCAUCCUUGGCAUUUAAGCCAACGAAGCAGCUCAUGUCCUCUGAACAGCAGAGAAAAUUCAGCAGCCAGUCCAGUAGGGCUCUGACCCCGCCUUCCUACAGUACUGCUAAAAACUCACUGGGCUCGAGAUCCAGCGAACCCUUUGGGAAGUACACGUCGCCAGUGAUGAGUGAGCAUGGGGACGAGCACAGGCAGCUCCUCUCUCACCCCAUGCCAGGCCCUGGGCUCCGUGCAGCUACCUCAUCCAACCACUCUGUGGACGAGCAACUGAAGAAUACUGACACGCACCUCCUUGACCUGGUCACCAACGAGAUCAUCACCCCAGGGCCACCAGUGGACUGGGGUGACAUUGCUGGCCUGGACCUGGUCAAGGCCGUCAUUAAAGAGGAGGUUUUAUGGCCAGUGCUGAGGUCCGAUGCCUUCAGUGGACUGACGGCCUUACCUCGGAGCAUCCUUUUAUUUGGACCUCGAGGAACAGGCAAAACAUUAUUGGGCAGAUGCAUCGCUAGUCAGCUGGGGGCCACGUUUUUCAAAAUCGCUGGCUCUGGACUCGUUGCCAAGUGGUUAGGAGAAGCGGAGAAAAUCAUCCAUGCCUCUUUCCUUGUGGCCAGGUGUCGCCAGCCCUCCGUGAUCUUUGUCAGUGACAUUGACCUGCUUCUCUCCUCUCAAGUGAGUGAGGAGCACAGUCCAGUCAGUCGGAUGAGAACCGAAUUUCUGAUGCAGCUGGACACUGUACUAACUUCGGCUGAGGACCAAAUCGUAGUAAUUUGUGCCACCAGUAAACCCGAGGAAAUAGAUGAAUCUCUUCGGAGGUACUUCAUGAAACGACUUUUAAUCCCACUUCCUGACAGCACAGCGAGGCACCAGAUAAUAGUACAACUGCUCUCACAGCACAAUUACUGUCUCAAUGAAAAGGAGUUUGCACUGCUCGUCCAGCGCACAGAAGGCUUUUCUGGACUUGACGUGGCUCAUUUGUGUCAGGAAGCGGCGGUGGGCCCCCUCCACGCCAUGCCGGCCACAGACCUCUCAGCCAUCAUGCCCAGCCAGUUGAGGCCCAUUACAUAUCAAGACUUUGAAAAUGCUUUCUGCAAGAUUCAGCCUAGCAUAUCUCAAAAAGAGCUUGAUAUGUAUGUUGAAUGGAACAAAAUGUUUGGUUGCAGUCAGUGAUAACUUCUUUUAAAAAGUGUAAUGAAUGUUGGCACACACACAUAAAACCUGCUACAUAGGGUAUAGAGCCCCUUUCCAGUAGUGUUUAAAUUGCAAAGGGUACUGGGGAAGAUGAUGAUUAAGUUGCAUCUUUAGAGUCAGGGUAGAUUUGGAGGGGAAAAAAAUGCAUCGAAUGAGAGCAUCCGAUUUGAAAGCCCCAGAUGACAGAGAGCAUCUGUGGAUGCUCAGUUCGGCUCACGCUAGACAACACUCACCAAGGAGCAAGGUGCAAGUGUGUUGACUUCGGAAGGACAUGAACCUCGUGUGUUGAUUCCAUUCUGCUGUUCUCGAGAUUUAGUUGCUGUCAAGUGCCUGGAGUGGUGCUUUAUUUUUUUGUUUGCCUCACAAUUACAUUGGUGGCAUGUGCUAAUAUAAAGAGCUUUAACUUCAAACAUUAGUGGACUAAAGAGAUGAACGGUUGUGUUAUGACAGAAAACCAGAUUUUUGCCAUUUUAAGAGCAACAGUAUUCCUCAAUCCUGUCUGUUCUGCGGUAUUAAGCUAAGAACAGGUAAAACAGGGUAACGGUAAUCUGGACCUUAAUUUCUGCAGUUCAUUUCUUUUAAUGUUCUUGUCUGCAAAAACUCAGGAAAGCGAUUGUGAUUUGUACAGUACCUCAAAGGAAUGUGUUGAAAGCACUAUGUACUGCUGAGAGUAAUGGGAUAGGCUUCAAUGUUACUUUAUAUUAAAAUGUAUGUUUACCUCAACGAUUGGAAAAUAGCAAGGAAAAUUACUUUGAAUGUAUCCAGAAAAAUAGUGAAGUGUGAUACAACUGAAUAUUUACAAUUUAAAGUAGAAAUGGAAGGAUUUUUUUUUUAAAAAAAAGCUUCUUUUACUAAUUAUGGGGAAUUAACCAGAGCAGAGUCAUUCUUUAUGUCAGUCACUGCAAGAGUUCUUCGUACAUUGCUCCUUGAUAAUGAAGUGAAAAUGUUCUUAAAAGUUACACUGGUUAAUGGAAAGCUCCUUACUCAGUUUGUGUUAGCGUCUAGGACCGUCAGCCACAAAACCUGUGUAGGACCCUGAAAGUCACAGUACCUAAAAGCUAGGACUGCAUUUUACUGCAUAGGUGGGAGUGGAGGUGGUGGUUUGCAAGUUCUCUCUUAAAACUGCUGGGAAUGGUGUCAUUCUACUCACUAAUCUAGCUUGUAGGCUUGCUGUGCUGUUUAACAGAAUGCAAAGAUAGCAACCAAAUCAAACAAAUAACUAAAUAAAUAAAUACAAAACACAACCGACCAACUUACAUAUAUAUAUAUCCACAAAGAGCGUCUACAUCCCCUCUCCUUCUUUUUGACUCCUCUCUUGUCAGUGCGAUUUUGCUUCUCAUUUUAAACUCUUCUGGGCUGUAGUGUCCCCGCAUUCAUUUCUACCUCAGUUUUGUUACAUUUCUCUUGGAAAUUAAAGUAGAAAAUCAGAAGUGGACACACACACAGGCACACACACUCAUACACUCUAUAGCUUGCCACACAUGUCACUUUGUUUUCUUCCAUCUUUUCCCAUAAAUCUAGUUUCCAAGUACAUCGGUCUUCCUGCUUACGUCUACCUGAUUCUAGCUCCCACCCCAAUAGCAUAUGUGGCAUUUUGCGUAAUUUCGCAUUCCUCUCCUGCUCCCCACCAAGUCGUUCUUUGUCUUCCUCUGUGCUUUCUGUGCAACUUCUCACUGGUAGCUGACUGCCGCCCGGCAGUGCCUCUGAACAGACACAAUGUAGGCUGCAGCUUUCCAAAGCCACUGCCCAUGCAUAAGCAGACAGCCGGCUUUUUGAAUGUAUUUUUCUUUUUUUUUUUCUUCUCUCAUUUUUUAAUCAAGAGAUGCAGUAACAAAACUGUUACAAAGCACUGGCAUUUUAUGUAUUCCAAAAGUGAUGUACAUUUUUUAAAAACUUUAAAUAAAUGCAAUGGGAAGCCCCAAGAAAGUUCUGUUUUUGUUUUUGUUUGCCCUUCAAAUAUUUUUACUGAUUUCAUCCCCAAUGUCAAAUUCUCUGAAACACAACAUAGAGAAAGCUAAUGAGAACGUCAUGAUAUUUCUGAAAUUUUAUGAUGUUUGAUCCAUUACUCCUUGUUUUUAUUAUUUUCAUAUUGCUAAAAGCUGAGCAAAUGAACCAGAAUUUAAUUUACUAUGAUAUUCCAGGAAUUAAAACUGUGCUUACAUCUAAGUAUUCCACAUUAAAAAGAGGUGCCUUUCAUUAAGGAUACAACAAUACACCCUCUGCUUUUCACAAGUGAAUAAAUGCUACAAUCGUAUUCUGGCUCUACCCUGCACACCCCUUAUUGUAAGGAAAUUCUAAUAUUCCCAUUAACUUGUAGGUUCAUAUUGAUCUCACUGACAAGUUUACUUUUGUACAGUACUGGCCUAUUUUUUGUCUUUUAGACACUACAUUUCAUUUCCGCCAACAUGCUGUGUUCACUUGAAAGCAACCGGCAAGUUUUGAUAAAUCCAGUCUUACUUAGACAACUUUGGAAAAUCCAAUAUUGAUCCAUAUUUUUUGUGGCUAGUAAGAGUUAAUGCCAAAUAUAUGACUGCACUAUUAUGUUUUACAUGCAUUUACAAAACUGAAAAUGAAGUCAGACAUACUGGCUUUUAGCUUUAAGUGACUUAAUAAUUACUUUGAGAUAUCAGUGGUCAAAAAUCCAUGUAUUUAGGCAGAAGCUGAAUUCAUGUGUGAAUUUCAUUUAGCCUCCCGAAUUCUAGGAUUAGAGUUUGUAAGACAUUGGGCAUGCUGAAGAAAUGAAGAUCUGUUGGGGGAGAUAAGGCUGACCUUUGAGUAGAUAGUGCUCUCCUGUGAUUCUUUGAUUCUACAUGACAGCAUUAUGAGCUCUUCUAUGGACUAGCCUAAUAAUGAGCUCUUUUCCGACUAUCCCUUCUGGAGCAUGGUAUGGGGGAUGGGGACCGCAUCCUCAGUAGUGAAUGUGCACAAUCAGUGAUAGUACAACUGAGUAACGGGCUCCAUACUCUUGGCCUCUUUUUGACUGCUAAGAAUUUGGAGAAGGCUCCUAAUGAAGGUAAGGAGUUAAUGAGCCAGUCUAAAUCCCUUCCCUUCUGGCUAAGGGAUUUGAGCCCUUUCACUUAACAGCCCCUAAUUCUCUUCUUCACAACUGCAAUAACAUUUCCAA